GUUUCACUAUAAAGGAACGCUUGGCCAAAGAAAGACCUCAAACCUGCAAAUGAGAUAAAAUGAAAGGCACUGUCAGACAAAUUAAUACUUAAUUACAGUAAAAUAGUGGUAACCCUUUAUAUUUUUCACAGUUUUUAUGGUCUCACAUCCUUUUCAAGUUCUGCGAUACUUUUCAAAGCGGCUCGUUAGGAGGAAUUACUGACAACUUCGCACCUGCUUUAGGGAACGUUAUUUUAUCUGUCGUAUUUAAAAAUGUAUCAGACGUGGAGUCGCUGACACCAAAGAACUUGGUCAGACAAGACUUUGAACUUCAUUCGGGACAUUUAUAACAGACCUGGCAAUAAACUGGGUUUUACAGCGACAGUAUUUUGGAUAUCUUGUGCAUCUCACCAGCGGGUAUAUAACUCUAAGUAAAACCUACGUACUGGUGGCCGACUGACUGAAUCAUAAGAGGACUCUUUGAGGAAUCACGCCGUGAUGGAGAGCGCCUUCAGCGCAGUGUUUUUUGCUCUUGUUUUCUGCGCAGAAGGGCAGACAGAGGCAGUGAAGAAGCCAACUCUGCAGGUGCAUCCAGAGGACAGCAUUCGUGCUGGGAGCUCAUUCACUCUCAUCUGCCGAGGGUCAUCCACACUUCAGUGGAUGCUUCCUGGACGGCACGUGGGGUCCGACGGAGUUCUGGUGAACAAGACAGGAUGCAAGAAGGGGGGAUACAGUCACUGCAGCCAGCUAAUCGUGCAUAACAGCAGGCACAAUGACACCGGGCUGUACUCCUGCGGCUCCACCCACAAUGACGACAGCCAUGUCUCCACCUACAUCUUUGUCAAAGAUGACGCCAACCCUUUUGUGGAGGAACCCCAGGACACCCCCAGUGUCCUGAUGAUAUUUGACAGGGCACAAGAGCUGGUGAUUCCCUGCAGGACCACCUCUCCUGACUACAUGGUCACACUGGAGGGGAGAUUCAUUCAGAAACCACACAUGUCGUCUGUGAUAAAAUACGAGUUGUGGGAUCCGCAAGUGGGAUUCAAGAUCCAUUACCCCCCCAGCUCCCACUACGAUCUGCUCGUAUGCAGAACCACCACUGGGCGACAUCAUGUUCUCCACGAGGCCAGCUACAUCAUUAAGGGAAUGUCUUCCAAACUGGAUAAUGUCAAGAUCAACAAAAAUCGUGUUAGGCUGGUGGUUGGAGACACUCUGUCCCUCAAAUGCUCAGGGGAGACGACCUUCAAUGGGAGAAUCAGCUUCACAUGGGACUACCCAGGAAAGGCUUGGAAUCGACUGAAAAAUAUCUAUAAGCAUGCAGACCCCCAAGCAUUGACUUUUAGCAUGAGCAGCACGCUGACCUUGCACAACGUGACGAUUGAGGACAAAGGCCUGUACCGCUGUACAGCCGAGAUCUUGAGCCAGAAGGCCGCAACCGCUAAAGUGAUGGUCUAUGAGCAUCCUUUCAUCAACUUGUUCUAUAAAGAGGACAAGGUUGUCUCAGUCCUUGAAGGCAAAAAACAUGUCAAGUUUGGACCCAAGGUGUCUGCAGUGCCUCAACCGAACAUUGUGACGUGGUAUAAAGAUGGAGUGCAGAUAAGGGAAAACUCAACUUGCUACAAGCAGUUAGAGUACAAUCUCGUCAUCAGUGAUGCUAAGCAGAAGGAUGCAGGAGUCUACACCAUCCUCGUGGGAAACAAAGAAAGAGGCGUAUAUCAAAACCUUAGCUAUACCUUCGAGGUCAGAGUAAAACCAUGGAUCUUGGAAGAAAACUUAAAGCCAGUGGACCUGCAGCAGCACACGUUUGGUAAGGAGCAGCAGCUGACCUGCACUGCCCAGGGCUUCCCAGUCCCUCACAUCACCUGGGUGUGGCAGCCCUGUGAACACAGUCCCAGCCUCACAUGGUGUAAAUUGAGCUCUGAACCCAGACCUGUUAAAUUUUAUGAAGAGGACGGUAAUAACACUAACAUCAACUGGCCGUACAACGAAAUCCAUUCCAUUGAGAACGCCACUGACAUCAGUAAAAGGAAGGCCGUUAGCACGCUAACUGUGGCAGCUGCGAGGGAGUCCGGGUCGUUUUCCUGUGUGGCAAGUAACACUGUCGGAAGUCACAACUGGAGUAUCCCGUUUUUCGUCGGUGAUCACCCCGAAGCACUAAACAUCGAGCCCCAGAAGGCUAUAGAAGGAGACAACUUCACCGUCAGCUGCAGCGCCACUCGGUACCUGUACACGGACCUGCUGUGGGUGGGCCCGGAUAACCGCACGGUCCCUAACAACAACCACACGCUGCAAGUGGGCCUGCACUCCAUCUCUCUUUCGCUAGUACUCACAAAUGUGUCCCGUACGGAUCCCAUGAACUACAAGUGCCAGGCCCAGAGUUACACCAGGCGCGUGCUCCAUAAAACGUCUGUGUUCAAAAUAGAGGAAAGGAAAGGUCCUUGGCUGCAACAGAACCUGACCAAUCAGAACGUGAACAGCAGCAGCACGCUGACCCUGGCCUGUUACGCCCAAGGGGUGCCACCUCCUGUCAUCACAUGGUACAAGAAUGACGUGCUUGUGGAGGCCGCUCCUGGCAUCACCCUGACUGAGGAUGGGCUGCUGAUAAUUGACCGAGUGAAGAAAGACGAUGAAGGCCGCUAUGAGUGCCUGGCAAGCAAUGAUAAAGGCAGGGCGAAGACCGCGGCAGUCGUCACUGUAGUAGGUGAUGACAAGCCCAAUAUCGAGGUUAUAAUCCUGGUGUGCACUGGCGUGGCAGCAACUUUCCUCUGGCUGAUGCUGGUUAUCUUCAUCCGAAAGCUGAAGAAGCCCAGCUCGGUGGACAUUCAGACCGGCUACUUAUCCAUAAUAAUGGACCCAGAUGAGGUUCCCCUGGAUGAGCAGUGCGAUCGUCUUCCCUAUGAUAGCAGCAAGUGGGAAUUUCCCCGAGACCGUCUCAGGCUGGGUAAAACCCUGGGCCACGGCGCUUUCGGCAAGGUGGUGGAGGCUGCUGCCUUUGGGAUCGAUAAGCUGUCUACGUGCAAGACAGUGGCCGUUAAAAUGUUGAAAGGAGGAGCUACGUCCAAUGAGUGCAAAGCCCUGAUGUCUGAGCUGAAGAUAUUGAUCCACAUUGGCAAUCACCUCAACGUGGUCAAUUUGCUGGGAGCAUGCACCAAGUCUGGAGGUCCUUUGAUGAUAAUUGUGGAGUACUGCAAAUAUGGGAACUUGUCCAAUUAUCUACGGAGCAAGAGAGCCGACUUCAUUGUCUACAAGAACCCAUCCAGCAAGACGGUGGCUUCGGGGUCCGGCUGCGAGCUGAGCGAGCUGAGCGAGUUGAUCAAACGCAGGCUGGAGAGUGUGGCCAGUACUGGGAGCUCCGCCAGCUCGGGCUUCGUUGAAGACAAGAGCUACUGCGAUUCGGAGGAAGAAGAGGAAGAAACAGAGGAUCUCUACAAGAAGGUUCUGACAAUGGAGGACCUCAUUUCCUACAGCUUUCAAGUUGCGAAAGGCAUGGAGUUCCUAGCUUCACGAAAGUGCAUCCACCGCGAUUUGGCUGCCAGAAACAUCCUGCUGUCCGAACACAACGUCGUGAAGAUUUGUGACUUUGGACUUGCAAGGGACGUUUACAAAGACCCCGAUUACGUGCGCAAGGGAGAUGCCAGACUGCCACUGAAAUGGAUGGCCCCAGAGGCCAUUUUUGACAAGAUCUACACCACGCAGAGUGACGUGUGGUCCUUUGGAGUUCUCAUGUGGGAGAUCUUCUCUCUGGGUGCCUCACCGUACCCAGGCCUGCAGAUUGACGAGGAGUUCUGCUGCCGACUGAAGGACGGGACGAGGAUGCGAGCUCCUGAGUACGCCUCCUCCGAAAUAUACCAGGCCAUGCUGGACUGCUGGCAGGGAGAACCGAACCACAGGCCCACCUUCACGGACCUGGUGGAGAGACUCGGAGACUUGCUCCAGGCCAACGUACAGCAGGAAGGGAAGCACUAUAUUCCCAUUAACACAGCCCUGGCCACCAAAGAGGGUGACGUUUCCAGCACUUCCACCAUAGAGGAUGACAUGUCGACAUCUCGCAGGGACUCUGGGAAUACAUGGAACGUGAAGACCUUUGACGUGGUUGCUGGAGAAGACGACACAAACGAGACCCGUGAGGUGGGUCAGUCUGACAGUGGUCUGGGCCUGUCUUCUGAUGACAUGAAGACAUUGAAGCGAUUGGAGUCGCUGGCCGGACCUUUGAACAUUAAAGCUCUUGGAAUGAAGCCUCUCGGCAUGACUAAGGAGUCCGUAUUGUCGGACUGGGAGCAAGACAAGCUGCUGGUUUCCAACCUAGACUUCGGUCUUGAGGAUCCAUCCUUUGACCCCACCCUGGAGAGUCACAGUCCACCCCCGGACUACAAUGACGUCAUGCGCUACUCCGUGCCACCUUUCUAGCUCCCGGGAUGACUCUGACUCACUUCCUUGGGCGUCACAUUCCUGCUUCUCGUCGCCUGACAUGGCAGCCAAACUGUAUCUGCUCAAUGGUGUCCUUGCUUCCUGCCUAAGCUUUAGCAAACAAAUUCUGUGGUUCAGUUAUGGUAAACAGAGGUCAGCUGAAGAAACCAAAUGAAAAACAAGGUAACUCAUGUCAAUUCAAGUUUAUUCUGCUCCUUUGUACACCAGUCAACAUCCAUGCAUCUUUUACAAGCACAGUGCAUGAGAAUAAUGCCUGUUGUCAUGACGGUGUUCAAAAAACACACCGCAUUUCUGCCUCCACCGAUAUGCAUUGCGAGUUACUGCUGAAUUUCUCUCCUAUGCAAUUCCCCUGCAUUCUCAGGUAUGUGGUCCUCUGUGUUCAGCUUAAUUUGUCUACUGAUAAACAAAAACACUGGCAUUUAAUAGCUUUAAUUUGUACCAAGGGAUGCUGUACUGCGGUUCAUUAUGUCUGGUACCAUGUCAUAAAUUAGAAAUGUGUCAUUGAUGUUACAGUGACCAAAUCGGGGUCCUCUUAUCCUUCGUUGUAUAUAUAAUUUUAUAUAAAUGUAAACUGGAAAACGGUUAAAAUUCUGUUCAUGAAACAAAUUAUAUUAAGGGUCUCUUUGGGCAGAUAGCUAAACCAUUUUUAGACAUUAACUUGAGUAGCACCUUGACAAAAUUGACAGCAAUGUAAUCUUCAUCUACUCAAGUAUCAGGCUUCACUGGAGAAUGGGAGUGCUCUCUCUCUUCCAUAGUGUGAAUCAAUAGCACCCACAUCUCAGAGUUUUUGCCCAGCUAGAAUUAUUCUAACUCUUUGUAUUUUAUUUUACGUCAAACAGUAAAUAGCAGAGAAGAUUUUGCUGAGAGUUUGUUUCUAUGUGUGACACACUGGUUUGGCACAUUACACUGUGACUGCUAUCUGGAAAACAUACAGAAUAAACUAUCAGUAUGUAAUGAGGUAAUAUAUUUAAAAUGUAUCUAAUCAUUUAUACAUUUAGAACUCCAUUUUGAUUGAAAUUUGUCUCAUUAACCAAAAGACAUUAUAUCCUCCAGCUGUUCUAUUAAAAGGACUAACACAAUUUCCACCUAUUUUGGGUAUGCUCUUGAAUAUAUGUCUAUUUAAUAUGACCGAUGUAUUGGAACAGUCUGCCAUUUAUACAUGAACAUUGUCUGAUACAAGGAACGAGCAGCUGGCAGAUGAGAUUGCCGAUUUAAUAUGAGACGUGUCCUUGCUUAAGCUAGUUCUUAUUUGUCAUAAAAAUUGACCCAGUAAACCAGUGUUUCAUAUUCCGGUCCUCUGGAAUCCACAUUCGGUCCAUGUUUUGGCUCCCACCAACCACCAUGUCAGACGGUCUACGUGGGAGCGAGGACCGGAUUGGGAAACACUGCAAUAUAGGAAUGGAUGGUGAGAGACACGAUCCGGUUUUAUGCUGCGUUGCCACUGACUGGGAUGUGCGUCCGCGUAUCAGAAACUCCCAGUGACCCAGAGUGGUCUGCUUCACACUCUUAAGCUCUAGGCUGAAUGUGUCUAUGCAGUAUUUUCAGGGUAAACAUUCAGUCUUAAAAUAUUCUAUAUGUAAGAUGUUCAGUUAAAUAGACAAUAUAAAGAUGGAUGAAUCUGUGUAACUUAAUAUUGCUGGCUGUGGUUUUGGUUUGAAAUAUGAGAGAUGUAUGCACUGAUUAUAUUGUCUCCUUAAUUGGGUAUUUGCAUUCAGACAUUUUAGCAAUAUGUGUAAGAAAAUAAAUGCAAUAAAGAUUUUAUAUUUAUAUGUUA